ACGAGUCCAACUGCGAUUUAGGGAUGACAGGCUCAACGGUGACAGAGGACGGUCCCCUAACCGAGAGACUUCAGAGGUCAAAUCACCAUGGGGCUUAGCAGCAUCUUAGUGGUUUUUUGGCUGGGCAUGGUUUUCGCCGAAGCAACUGUCCCCUUUCCCUGGGGAUGUAAGCCUCAGAGACAGCAAAUGGUAUGUCCGAGGAGGGUAAAUGCCAUCCCAGAUGUCGCGUUCGAUCCCGAAAUCAAGCGCAUCAUUUUCCAACACGUGGUGGAAUUCAACUUAACAUACGCAGGACACCUGGAGUACCUAGAAAUAAGGAAAACUCCCCUGGGAUGCGACUCCUUCUCCUCUUGGCCAAUACGUGUGUUUGUGAACAGGGAAACUUGCAACAACGUCACAGAAUCGACGACUUCUUCCACUAACCAGAGCACCACAGCCCCGAGAUCUACACCAUCGAGGAUCCCGAGUCCUAGCUGCGAUAACGUAGCUCUGGACGACGGACGGAUAAUUUUUGACAGAUGGUCGUCGUCAGAGCUACGAUUCCCUCCCAUUGCUCGUAAUGUAGCAAAACAGUGAACCUCGAAAAUGCU